UUUAAACUCAUCAAAGAAAUUCAUAAAUAGCUUCGUGUCUGAUAAAGUGAUCGGAAUAGAAAAAUCGCUCGAUUUUGCAGCACCGUUUUUCAAACACUGCAAUUGUGCUUUCCGCAAUCAAGAGAGUACAGUCCAAAAGGUUAUAACGACUAGCUCGCAAGAGAAUAAAAAAAUUGAGCUAAACACCCGCCGCCAAAGCAUCAACCCACAAAUGCUUUUGCUAGCAACAACCACCAGCGCACGACUCGAAAACGCUAAAACCGUUACCGAAGAUCUACACCUUCGAACACGUCCAAUCUGCAACGAUCGUCGCAAAGAAGAACAGAUGAAUUUGGUCAGUCUUGAGCAGCAGGGUCGCUGGUUUCGUUAAAGCGUUGCGUUAGUCGCAUCGAGCACUGGCUUCCUCACCCAUUCAGGCUGCCCAGGCCUUCUAGAUAUUGCAUUCGAGUUUCGCAAGAAAACAUCUUGUAUGAAGUAAAAGGCGAAUGCAGAGCUGUGGCCAAAGCUGCAAGCUAGCUGAGUGAUCCGUGCAGAGUUCCGAUCUCAAAGCCAUUUGCUGGAAAUCUGCCUCUUGUCUCGUUGGGACCUCUCAGACUGGAGUCGAGUUUUUAGUGAAGCGACCGAUCCGUUGCCUAGAGCCAGCAUCCUAUUCAUUCCUCGAGUGUUGUUUGUCGUUUCCCCAGUACGAAAAUGGCUACCGUGAACGUGAAUCGGAAUGUUACCGACAUCUUCUACCGUUACAAGAUGCCUCGCAUCAACGCAAAGGUGGAAGGCAAAGGUAACGGCAUAAAAACGGUUAUCGUAAACAUGGCGGAAGUGGCCAGAGCGAUCGGUCGUCCUGCAACCUAUCCGACGAAGUAUUUUGGUUGUGAACUUGGAGCUCAAACGCAAUUUGACCACAAGAAUGAACGCUUUAUUGUCAACGGAUCGCAUGAUGCUGCCAAGUUGCAAGAUCUGCUGGAUGGGUUUAUUCGCAAGUUCGUGCUGUGCCCGGAGUGUGACAACCCAGAGACGGACCUACUUGUGUCGUCGAAAAAAGGUACCAUUGCGCAAGGAUGCAAGGCCUGUGGCUUCCAUGGUCCGCUGGAGGUGAACCAUAAGGUGAACACGUUCAUCAUCAAGAACCCACCCAACGUGAACCCGGCAAGCCAGGGAGCGUCGCUGACCGAAGGCAAGCGGAGCAAGCGUACCAAGAAGGGCGAGAAUGGUGAUGACUCUACGGCUGGUCUUAACACUACGGCCAACGGAGGUAGCGCGGCGGACGGUGGAGAGAAUGGCGACGAGUCCCCGAACGGAUCAAUCGCGGGCGGUGCGGUGGGGGAGAACAACGAGGACGAUGUAAACUGGACCGUGGACACGUCUGAGGAAGCAGUGCGUGCGCGUAUGCAGGAUCUCACCGACGGUGCCAAGAACAUGACCGUGUCGGACGAUUUCGAUAAAACGGAAAAGGAGCGCAUGGACAUUUUCUACGAGCUGGUGAAGAAGAAGCGCGACGCGAACGAGCUCGAUAAUGUGCAGGUGCAUAAGGAGCUCGUGACCGAGGCCAGUCGCCUCGACAUCCAGUCGAAAGCGACGUUGGUGCUUGUUGAGCUACUAUUCACGGCUAACAUAACGCAGGAGGCGCGCAAGUACCGCAAUCUGCUGCUGCGCUUCACGCACGAGGAUAAAAAAGCCCAGAAAUAUUUCAUUGGCGGUCUGGAGCAGACAAUUUCUCUGCACGCGGACAAGCUGAUGGAUAAGGUGCCCGGUUUGCUGAAGCUGUUCUACGACAGCGACGUGCUGGACGAGAAGGUGAUCCUCGAUUGGUCGCAGAAGGUGAGCAAGAAGUACGUCUCGAAGGAAGUCGCUGCUCAGAUUCAUGAGCGUGCAAAGCCCUUCGUUCAGUGGCUCCAGGAGGCGGAAGAGGAGGAGUCGUCCGAGGAGGACGACGACUCGGAAGUCGAAAUUGAGUACGAUGAUCGCGCCAAGGUUGACUCGUUGCGCAAGGAGCCUGCCAAACCGGAUCCGAAAAAGGCGGCCAAGGCAUCUGUCGAAGAGGACGAAGAGGGUGAUGAUCUUAAUAUCGACGACAUCUAGGCUUCUUUCUUCUUCUAACUACUUUCAAGCGUGUAAUGCCUCUCCGAUUUUCCAUGUUUGAAAUCCGGCACCAUACUAGCGUAGAGUUUUGGCAUAUUUUGUUUCUCCUCCUCAAUUUUGAAGAUUUCACAAUAUAAUGGUUACUUUAUUUUUCAUUAUUUCUUUGUGUUAUCGUUUUACACAAGCUUUGCACAAAGCGGUAAUGAAAAAAAAUAAAUGUUUUUUUUUCUGCAAACAGCAUCAUAAUUUUCCUCGCUUGUCUAUAACUGUAGAACUAUCAUGAUUUUUCGGCACAGGGGGAGUAGAUGCCGUUUAUUUCCGCCACUCUCUAUUUUUGGGUUUCUUACCAAGCAUACAUAUGACACAUACAUUGUCAGCAGAUUAUCACUGAAGCAUUUUAAAAAUUAUAAUGUGAAUCAACAACUCUCCUGUAUCCUGUAUUUUUUAUGUUAGUGCGCAAUAAAAGCAAAUGAAA